CCAAAGCAUUUUCGUUCGCAAGGUCGUCCGCUCGCGCGAGGCGCACACACCACGCAUAUUAUUCCGAUUGCGAGAGAAAAGUUCCGUAAAAAAUCGUCAAAGUGAUGAAUCAGUGGCGGCAGUGAAUUGUGACCACCGUCCACUUGUGUGCGCUGAGUGGCAGGUGCCAGCGCGCCAGCGUGAGAAUAUCAGCCGCCCGUCCGAGUGCCCGAUCGGGGUGGAGAAUCACGUGCCUUUUUACCGCAGCGGCUAUGUUUUGAUAGUGAUACAAAAUGGCGGAUCAAUCGUUGGGCAAGGACGAGUGUCUGGACGACUGCGACGAAGGAGUGUACGAGCAGGGCGACGGUCCCGCAGCCGAGGAGAUUGAAGAUGAGGGACUCACGCCUCUGCAGCGCAUCACCAAGUACGCCUGGGCGGAGGAGGUCUACAACAGAAAGUAUGUGGCAACGGUAUUACUGGAGAUUAUUCAAAUGGCGCCCGCCGAACCGCUGAGCACCGAUCUUCCUCAGAUUAUGGACAUUUUUGGAAAAUUAGUACAUGAUGCUGAAGUUGUGGUGCGCAUCGACGCGCUGGAACAUAUCCCGAGCCUGGCCGGCAUGGCGCUUAAAUGCGCGCAGAAAGUGCCGGCGCUGGCAAACAUCACCAGCGAAUACCUGCUCUCGAUGGUGGUGAACAACCUCGGCGACAACGACAACCAGGUGCGGAAACAUGCGCAACGCGCGCUCUUCACGUUACUUGAGCAGGGACUAGUCAGCAAGGCGCAAGCAGAGAUCCAGGUCUGUCCAACGAUCCUGGCGUUGACACGGAAGGAGUCCAUGGUCACCGACGGAGUGACUUUGAUGGCAAAGGUUGUGCCACUUCUCGGGCGAGAUGUCACCGAACGAGUGUUCCUCGACAGAUUCGUCGAAUUGUGUGCCGCAAUGAAAUUUUAUGUCCGUAAGAUUUGCGCAUCGCAUGUUGGCGAUUUUUGCGCCAUUAUUAGUCCCUCUUUUGAAAAAGUACUGUUCAUAGCCUACGCAAAAUUGUGCAACGAUGAGGCCUGGGGCGUGCGGAAAGCAUGCGCCGAUGUGGCGAUGUCUGUAUCGUGCGCGUGCUCGCCAGAUCUUCGGAAGAUGGUACUGGCGCCGGCGUUCGCGCGUCUCUUACGCGACAAAUGUCGGUGGGUGCGCAUCUCUGCGUUUCAAACACUCGGUCCUUUCAUCUCCACCUUUGCGGAGCCGACAAUCACAUCACUUGCGUAUAAUAAUAUGGGCGAGCUGGUUCUCGUCUGCUAUGGCAGCGAAUUUAAAAUAAAUAAUUCAUCAUGCACGCCAAUGGAUGAAGUAAAGAAUUUGUUUUACCUCUGUUUGGAUGACUUGGACGACGACUCGUAUGACGUUGGCUUCGUUCGAAAACGAACAGAGGAAGGUGAACAGCCGCUGCCACCCGAAGAACUGCCACAGUUGGAAGCGCCACCACCACUCGAUGAACAGUCUAACGCGCAAAAGACGCCGCCACCUCCUGAAGAACAACUUCCCGCGCCGAAGGAGCUAUCACCACCACUCAAAGACGACAGGAAAACCGAUCCAAACAAUGCGUGGGUGAUGGACGUGAUUCUUAAGGGCCUGGACGAUUUCAUGCUAACAGAGGACUUCGACAACGAUGAGAUGAUCUUACGUAGCAACAAAUCGACCGACGACAACAAAAAACAAUGUGAUAAUUUAGGUAGUGAGAUUAGCACAAUUUCGAAUCCGGCGAGCGGCGAUCAAUUAGAGAACGUCGAUCUGAGCCGGAGCGAACAAGCUACCUGCAGUAGCAGUGGCGAUGAAGCCGAUCGCGCCGAUUCGGGCGGCGCUUGCGCUGCGGCGACGCCCGAAGAUAUGCCUUUGGAUCCUAAUAUUGUAGCAGGAAUUGAAAUUGAAAAGACUGCUUCUGACACUACCGAUUUACCAUCCGCACAAGAGAACACGGACGCUUUUUGCAAAACUGAAACUGAUUUUGAAACAAACAAUCUUAACGAAACCGUUGUUGUUGCGGCUGCCGCGGACGCAACCUUCAAAGCUGAUUCGCCAUCAGAUGUGUUACUAGACGGCGAAAGCGCCGAGAUAACGGAGUUAAAGGAGCCGCCACAAAAGAUCGUGCCGCAGCUUCUCAUCGAUCACUUUAUCUCGAUGGCGGAUCCGAGUAUCGCGCAAGACAUCGACGACAACAUUGCCUAUCACUGUGCCUAUUCGCUGCCCGCCGUUGCGCUCACGCUGGGCAGCGUCAACUCGCAUUUAUUGAAGGAGACGGUUGGCACGCUGGCGGCCAACAUGCAGUACAAGGUGCGCCACACGCUCGCCAGCAGCCUGCAUGAGUUGGCGAUCAUCUGGGGAAGCGAUAUUGCUUCCAAUGAUCUCGCUCCCAUCUUCAACGAAUUUAUCAAAGACUUGGACGAAGUGCGCAUCGGCGUGUUGAAGAACCUUGCUCAAUUUCUAAGACUUAUAAAUCCAACUAAGCGGUCAAUGUACCUGCCGCGUCUGUCGUUCUUUUUGCAAAACAAUCAGAAGCUGAAUUGGCGCUAUCGGCACGAGCUUGCCGAACAGUUACUGAAGUCAGUGACAAUGUUUACGCCGUCAGAAGCGUCCAAGCAUAUUUCACACAUUGCUCAGCGCCUGCUUUGCGACAAGGUGGCGGCCGUGCGGCAGAUGGCACUCAAACUUGUGGCGCAGUUGCUGCAGCACAUCAACAGCGAGCCGGGACUUUCGUCGCGGAUGCUAAUUAAAUUCGCUGAGACGUUUGCACACUCGAAAAAGUGGAAGCUGCGCCAGACGUUUGUAUUCCUCAGCUGGGAGUUGCUGGUUGGAAAAGCACUGCCCAUCGAACAGUUUGCCAGCGAUGUUAUGCCGCAUCUGCUUGAUCUUAGUUGGGAUCCUGUCGCCAAUGUACGAUUGGUUGUGGCGCAAACAGUUGUUACACAUAUGAUAAACAACGAAUAUUUCCGAGAUCCAGAAAAUCAACACUACGACCUGUUGGAGUCGGUGCUGCGUCGAUUGCAAACUGACGAGGACAUCGAUGUACGACAAGCGGCUGUGGUUGAUGCGUGCCAGAAGUACGCCUAUUGAAUAAUUUUGGUUGAAUGUUUUACACGGUUUUACAUCAAAAGCAGAUGAUUGCAAUUACACACGAUUUUUACAUCAAAUGCGAGAGAUUGCAGUUACACCCAACUUUUACAUAAAAAAUUAACGAGAGAUUGCGGGCCUAAACCAACUCGUACUUUUAUUCUUGUACAUUAUAGUUAUGUAUUAGUUAUGAAUAUGUAAAUGAUGAAGAAAAACACGCGCCGAUUAGUUUAAUAUUUUGAUGGUUUUAUAUGAGAUUGAGCGAGCGAGCGAACGAGAGAAAGAAGUUAUAUUUGUUAAAUUUAAAAUAAUUGUAUGUAAUAUUCGCCAAAACAAGAAAUUUUUAGAAUGA